AUAGUGAAGUUCCCCUCUCCGUUCGCUCCACUGUGCAGCAGUUCUCCGACACCGUGUGACAGACAGCCAAGUGCCUGCACGCCGUCACGCCAACCGCCUCGCUCGCUGAGGAAGACGUCUGCUCCCCCUCGGCUGCACUCGUGUUGUCCUCUGACAGCAGACAAACACUUGCUGACAUGCGCUGAGAACUGCAUUGCUGCUUCCUACUUCCUAAAAACAUGCUCUUGGUGGCAUGCUUGUCAUCUCAGGCAGAUGUGCUGAGCUCUGCAGAAACUCUGGAGGCCCUUCAAAGCUGCUUAGACCCCUCUAUUCUUUCUAUCUUUGAGGACACGCCAGCAAUAGAGACUAAAGGCGUAGACGAAGAGAGCGAAGCCACGCUGCUGACUGCCCUGACAGAGAUCCUUGACAAUGUGGAUGAUGAGAACCCAUCCCCAUUUGACAUCCUGCCUGACUCAGACCUGCUGUCGGGUCAAAAGGGAAGAGAACUCUCCCCGCUCAGGAGAUUACUCUGUCUGUCCCGUUCCUCUCCAGAGAAGGACACGCUAUAUAACCCAAGACACAUUUCUGCUGGAAAGAACCUCCCACUGAUGCUGGCAGAAUUUCUCCAGAGAAGUGAUGGGGAGGAAGAGGAAGAUGGCUCGUCCACUCUGAGCCCAGGAAGUCAUGAUUUAUCUCCUGACGGCGACCAGCUACACUGGGAAGGUCUAGCCCUGCCGCUUCCGGUCACGACCGAGCAGGAAGUUGACGAUGGCGUUUCAGUUAACCUGGGGGACUUGGUCAGGCACAUCCGCCCGUACUGUCUGGACGUUUGUGUGCAGAAUGACGCGGGGGAACAGCUUUUGCCCGAAGGAGGAAUCUUACUUGAAGUUGUGGACCAGGGUGAAAAUGGAGAACCCAUCCUGGCCAUCCAAGGCAUGGAUCUUUCGGUCGCUCAUCCGCUAAGAGAGCACUCCUCCCACAUUGGGUGGAAUGUUUCGGACGAAGCCGAAGAAGUGGCCUCCGACAGCUCAGAGCAUAUAGUCGUUGACGACGAUGAUGAAGAUGAGGCUCCACUGAAAGCCGCAGGCCCUUUGACUCCUGCGCGUUGUCCAUUUGUGAAAGAUAACGUGGUGAUUAAGAAACAAAAAGAAGAGAUAAAAGGGAGAAGCUCCUCCCGCAGGAGAAAGAAAAAGAAAUGCAAGGAGCUGCCCCAACCCAGCAUUGUGGAAGGAAGGGUCCUCAGGAGUGGCACCGUAACAAAGUCGCCACAGCAGUCUGGCAAAAAGCCUGAAAAACAGCAGGUCAAAGAGAAGGCACACAAAGUCCCAAAGGUUCCUCUCGUCUCCACUCCACCGGCUUCCUCUGUAAAACCCAAGAAACCAAAUCCAUGCCAAACUGAAAGACAAAAAAUAAUUGCCCCUACAACACUAUUGCCUGAAACGAAUGUGCGAGUUGCCACGUCGGUGUCAACCAGCCAGGUGUCAAAUAAUAGUCGUGAGAAGAGUCAGCCCAGCUGUCCACCCACUGCAGUGGUCUCUCUGCAGCCUCAAGAAGUGCCUGAACGGCCUUCCCCGGCCCCUCAGAAGCCGGAAGGCUCAUCAGCAGCUCCCUCUGCUGUCCGACCUCCGCCGUCUUCAUUGAGCCCUGCAGCCGCUUCCAGUCCGGCAGAACCCCAGCUGGAACCGUCUCUCCCUCCAGUGGCCCUUGCAGUUCCGGAGCCAAAGCCCAAAUCGCUCAGUCUGGCAGAGUACCGGCGGCUCCGACAGCAGAAGAGGCCGCCCCCGGUGGAGAAACCAGGGAACUGCACAAAGUGGCCCAGUCUCCCGGAGCUUCCCACAGAGCUUCCCCUCAUUCCCUGCUUGCCUGACCCCAGCCCCAAGGAUUCUCGACGGCCCACCCCCAAGCCAGACGAGGAGGAGGUCAGGCCUGCCUGGCAGCCGAGAGGACCGUGUGCACCACCCACCCCUGAGGCGCUGUUGGUGCCACCAGCCUACAUGGCUGCCUCAUCCAGCAGGGUUACCCCUGUCCCCAAACAGCAAAAACCUGAACCUUCAAAACCUGUGGUAUCCCAAAAGCCCCCAACUCCAGCCUUUGAUUCACCCCCACCACAACUGGCGGCUGCUCAACCUGUAGUACCGUGUGUGCCUCAAAGCUCUGGGUCUCCAGCUUCUCUAAAAGCUGCCAUUGAGAUCGUGUCAUCGGCGAAUGGCAAAGGCUCUCUUGCACCUUUAGGAGGAAAGAGUGGAGAGGAUAAAAUAUCUCUUGUGUCUGUGCAGCCUACUAAAAUUGAUCUUAAAAACAAUGCAGAUACGAUCAAACCCAACGGCGCUCUGUCUGUGCCCAGUGCCCCCCAGAAGGCCGUUGUUUUUCAGAAGGUGCCUGAGCUUACGGCUUGUGUGUCAUUUAGUAACCCCAUCACACCUGAGACAAAGUCCUCCAAACCCACAGCCAAUGGUACCCACUCUCCGGUUGUCCAUCCCUCAGACCCGCAGAGUAUACAAGCCAAACCUGUUGUACUUGAAAAUAAAGGCAAACCCACUACAGCAGUGAAACCUCUAAGCGCAAAGCACACCACCCAGAAGCUGAUCGAGGCCUUUACAACUGAGAUAGGUAUUGAAGCUGCUGAUUUGACCAGCUUGUUGGAGCAGUUUGAGGAAACCCAAGCCAAAGAGGAGCACUGUGUGCAGGUGGUCUCUGGUAGAGCAGCAGCUGUAGGAAACUCGAGUGAGCUGGCUCCAGAGAAAACAGUUGUGGAGCGUGUUAAAGCAAAUGACCUCUCAAGUACUGCAGCUUUGACUCCCCCAGCUACUCCUCCCCACCAGAUGUGGAAACCCCUGGCCCCUGUGGCCCUGCUGGGAAAGACCAAGGCUGCUGAAGCAUCAAAGUCUAACCCCGCCAAAGUUAUCCAGAUAGAAGCAAGGCCUCUGCCCUCCGUCAGGUCCCGCAGCAAACCCACUCCUGUUGCCGCCGCCGUAGCCCCCGAGCUGGCGUGCAUGGACCACGACUACUGCCUUCCAGAUAAAGGCACUGCCACUGAAGAGCCGGGCAAGCGUUGGAAUGUCAAACAGCCUUCUUUCAUCACUAUUAAACCCAUUGGGCCACCCACUAGAACCCCUACACAGCCUACUCUGGCUGCCCCGUCAUCGUCGGCCCGGUCUGCCACAAAGCCUGUGCUGGCAAACACAACGCAGGUGUUUCCCGUGACGGAGCCCCUGGAUCACAGGACUGAUAAGACGGACAGAAGCUCCGUCCUGGAGACUCCGGAUGCCUCGCCUACUCAGCAGGACACUGGCGCCUCUGUUAAAGAAGGGAACCCCAGGAGAAGGCGUUUUGAGAGGCCCUACCGCCGACAUGCGGCUUCUCGCACACCCAGUCCCCAAGAAAGAACCGGAGGCCGGUCUAAAAAAAGAGCCCACCGCUCUCCCAGCCCUUCGUCCUGCAGUUCGGAGUCUAACUCUGAUUCCUCUACGUCUCGGUCUAGAUCCCGCUCCGCCAAGAAGAGGUAUCGCCCCCGUCACUCUAGAAGUAGUUCCAGCUCCUCAUCCCGUUCCUCCUCUCGGUCCUCUCCCUCCGUGUCCCGCUCCCCUCCCAGGAGGAGACGGUACUCGUAUUCCUCCUCUCGUUCUGGCUCCUGGAGUCGCUCCAGAUCGCGGUCACAAUCUCCUCACAGACGAGCACAGUGGAGCAGAAGCAGAAUGCUGAACAGCUAUGGUAAUGGUGCAAAGACAAACGUGGAGGAGGUGAAGAGACUCAAGGAGAAGGCUAUUGAGGAGCGCAGGGUUGUUUACAUUGGUCGAAUACGGGGAACAAUGACCCAAAAAGAACUUAAAGAGCGCUUCUCUUUGUUUGGUGAGAUUGAAGAAUGCACCCUGCACUUUAGAGACCACGGGGACAACUACGGGUUUGUCACUUAUUACGACACAAAGAAUGCUUUCAUGGCCAUUGAGAAUGGAGGCAAGCUGCGCAAGCCUGACGAGCUGCCAUUUGAUCUCUGUUUUGGUGGAAGGAGACAGUUCUGCAAAAGCAACUACGCCGAUCUGGAUUCAAGUAGAGAGUACGAUUCAUCGUCUGCGAAAGGCAAGUUUCAUACACUAGACUUCGACACUUUAUUGAAGCAGGCAAAGCAGAAUCAGAAGAGGUAACAAGGGGCCUGCAGCAAGAAGCAGCUGAUACUUACCUCAGAGCCAGCGGUUGGCUUCUCGCCUGCGACACUGUCUUUGCCUUUUUUGUUGUUGCAUUAUUUUCGUUUGUUUUUUAUUUUUGUUAAUGCAAGCUAACACCUUCUAUUGAAGUGAAAGAUUUGUAAUGAAAGCAGGAAAAGAAAAAAAAUGAAACAUGUGAAAUUAUUAUUUUUUAAGUUUAUUUAAAUGUAUAAUCAACUUUGAAUUGUAUGCAGAAAAUCGUUUUAAAAAGGGUAAAGGUACCUGGGAUGGAAAUACCUAAUUACUGGGAGGUUGUGUUGCAUUGAAUGUACUACAAAUCUAAAUAAAAUAAAAAUAAUUAACUUUUGUUUCUUUCCCAACUCAA